AUGGACAAUAUACUUGGCACAAUUCUAGACAUUAAGGGAAAAACGAAGGACAACCUUCAAGCACGAAAAGACUUGCAAGAAAUGGGUUUGAGACAAGCACUGCAUCCUUUCACAAAUGAUGAUGGAAGAAUCUAUAUGCCUCAUGCUUGCCACACAAUGUCUAAAGAGGAUAAAGCUAGUUUCCUAAAAGUGCUUCGAAAUAUAAGGGUGCCAGACGGAUAUGCCUCGAACAUUUCCCGAUGUGUAAAACUUAAGGACCGGACGAUAUCGGGUUUAAAGAGUCAUGACAAUCACGUCGAUAGUUCGGACGAUCGACUUCGGAAGGAUAUGGGUGCCAAACUAGUAAUGCAUUGUAGAGGUCCGAUGGUCUCAGCAGUCCAAUAUAAUAGAUAUGUGGUAAACGGCAAGUUCUUUCGAACUGUCGCACAUGAUGUGGGAAAAAGGUCUCAGAAUAGUGGCGUGUGCGUGCCGACUGUUGAUGGCGAAACAUACUACGGGAAAGUAACUCAAAUACUUGAAGUGGAGUAUUACGACAGGACAAAAUAUGUUGUGUUCAAGUGUGACUGGGCGGACACCACAAGGGACAGGGGAUACAGGGUGGACGAGUAUGGCAUAACGCUUGUCAACUUCAAAAACCUUGUCCAUAAGGGGGACCUGAUUAGUGAUGAGCCGUAUGGUCCUAUGAGUACUCGGGGGAAGUCAAGAGGACGGCGGGGAGCCGCUUCUACAUCGAGAUCACACCAUGUCCUGACAGAUAGUGAGGCACAGGAAGUUGCUAUGCUUAUGCAGCAGCAAUCAGGGUAUCGACCUAUACUUCCGGAUAAUGUAGACGAGCAGUUACAUGCCAGAGACGAUCAUGCCUGUGACCUAAUCUCCACUUCAGCUGAGAUAUCCCAAAUACUCGCGGAGGCAAGAGGCCCGACAGGCCUUACACAGUUUGGGUAUCGAUAUGAGCCUAGUCCUUACGAGCCUGGCGCCUCCAUGCGUAUGCCAUCCCCGCCACCCCCAUUGCCGCAUGGCUUUUUCGAUCAGCAGCCAAACAGCGGCGCACCUAUGGAUAAUAGUGAGACACAGCCUGGUGAAGACAUGGAUGAUGGGAUAGGUGAGCAGCACGAUGAGCAUGAUGAUGACCUUGCUUGGCCAGCAUUGACUAUUGACGAGGUUCGCACGAUAGAUAGGGCGGGUAACUUUGAGGUGUUGAUCGUAAAAGACUCACACAAGUUGUGGGACAUUCCUGAUGGAAAAAGGGUGGUCAUGGAGUAUAAUGGCGCGUGGCAGCCCGUAGGACAAAGCGGCAAAAAAUUUAGACGGAUGAUAGGGAAGACGUGCAAGACCGGGACUUUUAUCAAGCUAUCCGACCCCUGGAAGCAUGUACCAGAACAAAGCAAGGAAGAUUUAUUUGAGUCAUUGAUGAAUUACUUCUAUAUCAUGCCUGGGUCGGAUAUGGCGGCAAUUAAAAAAGAUGCUUUUAGAGACAUGGGGGAGAAGCAAAAGCUUUUGAGGCACAAGUUGAGGCAGAAGCUCAUGAUUCAGAGCGACGACACUCCUGGGACAGUGUCGGCAAGGAUGGCUCACACCAUUUCAAAGUACAACCCAAGAGAUGUGGAAAUAUUGUUGGGAAAAUGGUGUACUCCCGAUUAUCAAGCUUAUUGCCAGCACAUGAAAGACAUACGCAAACAGAAUGAAAUACCGCAUUACACAGGCUCGAAGAGCUUAGCAAGAGUCGCACAUGAGGAGUUUAUUAGUUCAGGCAAGACUCCUACACGAGCGGUCACGUAUAUCAAGUCCCAUACAAAGUCAGAUGGUAGCCGUCCAAAUCCGGUGGCCGCAGAGAGAAUCGCUCGGAUGGAAGAGUUAUUGCCAAAUGACCCUGCGGAGCAGGUAGAAGGGCCCCAAGGCACAAUUAGGUGGACACCGGAUGAUGCUUAUGCUCAGGCGCACAACAAUAAGCCAGAGUAUGCGGGUCGUGUCCGUGGAGUCAGUAAGAAUAUCUUGCCCGCACCUGGCACUAGCUACUCAUACUAUACACCGUCCCAAACACGGUCGCAGAACCGGGGCGGCCCGAUGAUAUCGCGCGAAGAAUUUGAAAGAGCCAUGCAAUCAGAGAGGGAGAAGCAUCGUCACGAAAUGGAUGAGCGGCUGACGCAGCAGAGUGAGGAAAUUACUGCUUCGGUGACUGCGGCGGUGUCUGCACGGGUUGCUGAGCAGGUGGCUGCUCAGAUGGCUACUCUGAUGGCUGCUCAGAUGGCAGCGUAUGAGGCCCGGAUUCGCAGCCUUGAGGGGUCGAGACGUAUGGGCUCCGAUUUGGAGGUGACGACUACCCGGAAUCCACAAGAUGCGGAGUCCCCAGCCCGAGUGAUUGUGAGAUCCUCAGUUGAUAGCAGAUCAGAUGACGUAAGAGUAGAAGCUGAGGACGAUCAUAAUGACACCACACAUCAGACGCCGGUUGGUCAGAAGUCUCGUUUGUCAAUACAUUAUACCCGUCGUUCAGGCACCCCUUAAUGCGGCGCAGAUGAUUGAUCACGAUGAUUUGUGUAUUAUGAUGUUGUAUUG